AUGUCAAACAAACGUCCCUCUCUUCUUGCUCAAAAGGGACCUAGUUCAUUUAAGAAACCAAGAGGUAAUCAUGAUGAUACACCGGAGCCUUCAAAAUUCGAACAGGAACUUAUGUUAUUGGAUGAUUUGGAGACUGAAGAUGUGGCGUUGGUUGAUGAAAGUUCAGCUAUAUCUCAUUUGGACUUUCUAACAAAUUCCCAUUGGCCGAGACCUACUCUGAAGCCACUUGAUCCAAACAAAAACAGUAUAAUUUUCCAGCAGUUUGAUGUUUCACACUACAAAGAAAUUGAUCAUUUAUAUUUCCAGGGUGAACGUUUGGCUGGUAUGCCUGGAGCUGCUCAUAGUCCUGUGCCAAUUAUCCGCUUAUUUGGUGUUACUGAAAAUGGUCAUAGUGUUUGUGCACAUGUACAUGGUUUUGUACCAUAUUUUUAUGUUCCAGCACCGAAAGACUUUUCACCUAGUCAUUUAAAUGAUUUCGUGAAGCGUUGA